UGUCCAAUAAUGCGAUUCAAAUAAUAAAAAGUUAGAAAAAAGAUCAAGGUGUCCGAAAUGUUUUCAAGACCAUCUGAUAAUAUUGACAGGAUAACGUUGUAUGAGAAGUAUAAAUUGGUCGAAAGGACUGAACCUGAAGUCAAUGGAAUCUGGAAAGGCGCUCAUCUACUCCUUUUCUUCCUGGCGUUUGUGUUUGGAUCAUUCUGCACCUUUUGUUUCCACAUGUUGAUGUAUUUGUUCGACGAGAAAUGUGUGCUGUUUCCGAAGCUACUAUCCCUUUCGUCUCUUCGUCAGAACAUAUUGUACGAGUUCAUUCCCGAGGAUAAAGAUGUGACUGAUAUGUUACCCGUGGAUUUCCUAACCACCCAGUGGGUGGAACAAAGCACGUGUCUUCUGCCGACUUAUGUGCCCCUCGUCUCCGCUAUUUUCGGUCUCGUUUGGACAACGAUGUUUCUAAUGUGCUCCAUUGGAAGUAGAGUUCUGACUGGUUUACAGAGACCUUGGCGCGUGCUACCCCCCGUAUUCUUAUUUUCCAUUGUGAUGGGAGGCGUUUGUGUCUACACCUCCGCCUUCACUCAUUAUGGACUGCAAGAGUUGUGCCUUACACUAAACGAAAUCACCGGAAGUACCUCGUGUUCCUACACAGUAAAUGUGGCUACGCUCGCCUAUCAGCGGAGAAUACGCGGUUUGUAUCAAGCGACCCGACUCACUAUCGUCUCAGCAUGGCUCCAUACAGCUUGUUGGCUGCUGUCUGCUGUUCUAGCCUUAGCGAGAGUUCUCUUAGCGGUUGAUUUCAAGCUUGUCCGAACAACCGUGGAGUUGCAGGGAAAUAUUGAUAGAAUGCUGGAGCGUAAUGAAAAACAAAUAAGUACGGUAUCGCCAUCCUGGACGGAAUGCAGACUGAGCAUCCCACAACGUUCUCACAGCAGCAUCAGGUUUCACUUUAUAAAGAAAAUGUUUCAACCGAACUUAGUUGAUAGAAAUGAAUAUGGCGAUUUACUUUAUUGUACUGAUUUAAACCAGCAGAUGUCUGAACUGGCCUUAGUUACAACGGAACGUAUAAAACUAGACAAACUGGAUGCCGUAAGGGCAGUGUCAGAAGAACACCAAUUCAUAGUUAUAAUUCUAUACAAUUUAUUAGAUAAUGUUGGUGCUCUGCAGUACUUAGACAGUUCCGGCAACAAUUCCUCAGAAACUGGUUUAGAUACACCACCGGAAAUUAUUCGACAAUAUGGCCAACAACAAAUUACCUCAGCAUUGUCAUUGUUGCAUACCAACGAACUCGAUAAAAUCACAUCUACAAAUAUACUGCAAACUAAUGAAGCAGCCUCCUUUAAACGUCAACUGCAAAUAAGCCGGGAAGCCAGCGAAUUAAAAAUAAUUCAUGACGCCACGCCCAAAAAAAUUGCUUUUAAAUCUUCUAUACUAACUGUUACUUCCGACAGGCGAGUAGAUGUAGAUAAAAAUAUGAUUACUGAUAUUAAACCGGAUUUAACCAAAGGUUCUGAACCUAGUACUAGUAAAGGCAAGGAGAAAACUUUAAAAUCGAAUUUAAAGCAUACAGGUGUACAAACUGAUGAGAGAGUGAAAGGUAAAUCUCAUAAAGUUCAAAUAGAAUCUCGCACUGAAAUGCCUGAUUCUCAGACUUCUCAAGAUAAAGAUGGUCAAGUUUCAAAAAAAACGCAAACGUAUAAAGAGAAGCAAGACUAG